AUGUCGAUGGGUACCUCGGCCAGUGGAGGCUUGCCCGACGUGUCGCUACUGAUCCAAGACCUCCUCUCACCCCCGUGGACGGUCCUCUCCUCCUCCACACCUCAACUCAUCACCCUGCACCUCUCAACCCUAUCCCUCCUUGACCCAGCCACCAGUGCCCUAAUCUCCACCCUAAUCUCAUGUAUCGCAAGCUCACCUUCGCUGUGGAGGGGUCAGGCGACGGCCUCGAGUUCGGCUUCGAGUUGGGCGACAUGGAGGACGUUGAACUGGACGCGUGCGAAUGAGGUGUACACCAGUUUGGUACAGGGGUGUUUGUAUCGCGCUUCGGAGAUCGCCAAGGAACAUGGGACGGGGUGGAAGGCGAGACGAACCUACGCGCAAUUCGUCGAGCUGUACCUUCAGGGUAUUCAGGACGAUCAAGUCGGAGAGCUCGCUCACGACAAAUCUACAACAAGGACGAUGCGAGUCCACCCCGUCGUUAGGCUGUUGAUCACCUCGGCUCUGUUGGCAGCGUUGCAAUCGAUAAAGCAACGUCAGGACAAGCUCUACGUCGGAGGCAGUGCGUUGAUGGGUCGAGCGCACGACCAAGUCCUCGCCGCUUGGGACGAGUACUUCCGAGAGGAGGAGCAGGACGCCAGGUUGGGUGCGACAGCCAUGGAAUGGAACGGUAACACAAAGACAGGUGAGCGUGAAAUGAAUGUCAACCUCAGGAGAAGUUGGAUAUCUGAUGACUUCGUCAUCCCACAGACCAAGUCUCGAACGAUUUACCGAGCUGGUUCGCCGCUCAGACUUUUCCCAUGUUUCCCGUCGACCUCUUGGCCGCCGGGCCCGUAUCUGUAAGUAGCCACGGGCGAACCAUUACAAACUCUGAGGUAGAACUUCUGACUUACCUCUCGCUUCGCGUUCUCACUUCGUCUAUAGUCCCUCCUGAACCUACUCACCAAAUCUUGGUCGAAUUGUUUCGCCGGUGGGACCCUCUUCGACUCGCUCUCCUGCGACCUCAUUCAAACCCCCGAAGGACUAUCCUGGACCAUACCGUCCCCAUCCCAUGACCAACUCUCCACCUUGACCCAAGCGCCCUUGUUCCAAGCCCUCGGCCCUUUAUCCCGAGCCAUCAGUCGCCUCAUCCAAGCCGCCGCUCUAGCAGCUCGCACCACACAUUCCUCCACUCCCUCAAGUUCACCUCCCCUCGUUUCCGUCAUCUCCCUAGGAUCGACCCUAGGAUCGACCCUCGAACGCGUUGUCGACCGAGUACAAAAAGGCUGGGCCUCAACACCCUGGUCCGAUCUCGAAGACGACACGCAGCUAAGCCCUUCCACACGCGAACGUAAAGAACCUUGGACGUUACUCAAAUCGCUCUUAUUCGCAUUGACCUUGAUCGAUGCGUCCCUGCUGAUCAUCGUCGAACCUAGACCGGAGGCAUUGGCGACGAGGUUACAACUCGAUUUGGCUGCUCAGGCCGUGAGGGUGUUGCAUCGGUCUUAUUUCAUUACGAUUCGAUUUGGCUCCGAUGGGUUCAGCGCUUGGAGGGGCGUUUGGGCUGGGUUGAUGGAAGUCGUUGGUGGCGAUACGAGAAGCCAAGUUGAGGAUCUCAUGACUUCGAUGGAACCGGCUCGAUUAGGACACACGCACGAACGCUUGGUCCAAAGAAGCGAAACAACCUUUUACCUCAACGCCGCCGAGGUCCUCAUGAAACGUAUUGGGGAUCAAUAUCUGGAGGAGAAGGUGUUGCCGUGUUGUUAUCCUUAUUUGGAAGACGUCAAGUAUAGGGAUACAUUCGAAUCGGCACAUUCGGUCUUGCUUGCGGUGUUUGCGACGCACAAGAAAGUGUCGAGUGACUUGGCGGUAUGGUAUACCAAGGUCUUGCUCCAGGUGAGUGGCGAAAGGCGAAAAAAAAAAAGUUCAACCCUCCUCCAGGUUUCAAAGAGGAACUGACCGCAUAGUCGUCCCUCACUAGGCCUACCCGAAACUGAUGUCGGCCGCCCAACUCCGACUGGCCUUUACGACGAUCGUUCGUUGCGCCUCCACCACGUCCGACGCAUUAGCAUGGUACUGCAUCGAAGAACUCCUUUCCACCAUACGCAACAUACCCACAUCCACAACCUCCACACCUUCCCUCCCCACCCCCGACAACUCCCCCCCAUCAACCCUAGACCAUCCCCCUACGACCUCUUCCAACGUAGCAGGGAGGAAUUACGAAGACGACCUCAAUUCGACUCGACUUGACGAAACCUCUUCACUCUCUCCCGUCGAAGUCAAAGCUUUGUCUUUACCGAGAGGACAUUUGUUUUUGACUUUGAUCGAUCAGACGACGAGUGUUAAUUUGGUCUUGUUAAGGAUGGUGUUGGAUCAGAUUUGGGUUUUGGUGAAGGAGGAACCUAGAGAGGCGGAUGAGGGGAUUGUAGCGAACGGGAACGGGAACGGGAAGGAAGGCGAAGUAGUAACAGGUCGACAAGCUCUGAUCAAGGUUUUGUUCGCUACGUUGGGAGAAGGGUUGGAUGCGACGAAGAGGGGGGAAGGGGUGAGGUAUUGGUUGGAGAGGAGGGAGGAACUUCAGUAG